UGCCACCAGAGUCAAUUCCAAUGCUAUCCGUGUCUUUUAUCAAGGACUCUUAAAAGGAGGAGACAUAUAAAAGAAGCAAUUUGAAACAGCUCACUGAAAUUGUCCUGAAAUUUUUGUGUAUUUUUUUUCUUCCUUCACCCUCCUUAAAGCGAAGCUUAAAAGCCUUUUCCUUUUUUUUUUUUAAAGGUAAGUUUCACUUUCAAUUUUCAGGAAACCUGGUGCGAGGGAGUCACUUCCGCAAUGAAAACAUGCCUGAAUUUGGACUAAGAGGGGAAAAAAGGACCGUGCUGCAGUCGGCAGAGUAAGGAGUGAAGGGCAUAACCAUGAGAUGUUUACCUGGUCAUGUCUACUCCUUCCUGGGAAUGAUGCCCCUUUGGAUUCUGGGAAUAUCUUCCAUCAACCAAUGCACUGUGAGACAGGAAGUAGCUGACUGCAGUCAUCUGAAGUUGACUCACAUACCUGAUGACCUCCCAACAAACAUCACGGUGUUGAAUCUGACGCACAACCAACUCCGACGACUGCCACCUGCCAAUUUUACAAGAUAUAGCCAACUUACUAUCCUGGAUGGAGGUUUUAACACCAUUUCAAAACUGGAGCCAGAACUGUGCCAAAAUCUCCCCCUAUUGGAAGUUUUGAACCUCCAGCACAAUGAGUUAUCUCAACUUUCAGAUAAAACCUUUAUGUUUUGCCUGAAUUUGAUUGAGCUCCAUCUAAUGUCUAACUCAAUCAGAAAAAUUCAAAACAAUCCCUUUAAAAACCAGAAGAAUUUAAUCAAAUUAGAUCUGUCUCAUACUGGCUUGUCGUCUACAAAAUUAGGAACUCAGCCACAACUGGAAAGUCUCCAAGAGCUUCUCUUGUCAAAUAAUAAAAUUCAUACACUAAGAAGUGAGGAACUUGACUUCCUUGGUAAUUCUUCUUUACAAAAAUUAGAGCUGUCAUCAAAUCAAAUUAAAGAGUUCUCCCCAGGGUGUUUUCAUGCCAUUGGGAAAUUAUUUGGCCUUUUUUUGAACAAUGCCCAAUUGGGCCCCAUUCUCAUAGAGAAACUCUGUUUGGAAUUAUCAGACACAAGCAUCCAGAAUCUGUUUCUGAGUAACACCCAGCUGUCUCGAACCAACAACAUGACUUUCUUUGGACUAAAGCAGACAAAUCUCACUGUGCUUGAUCUUUCCCACAAUAGUUUAAGUGUGAUUGGUAAUGGUACUUUCACUUGGCUUCCCCAGCUGAGAUAUUUAUUCCUGGAGUCUAAUAACAUACAGCAUCUUUCUUCUUCCUCCUUUUAUGGACUUUCCAGUCUUAAAUAUUUGAAUUUGAAACGAUCUUUUACUAAACCAACACAUCCCAGGAUUGAUGACUUUUCCUUUCAGUCACUGAAAUGUUUGGAGUACCUUAACAUGGAUGAUAGCAACAUUCUAGACACAAAAAGCCAUAUGUUCACAGGACUGGUAAACUUGAAGAAUUUAAGUCUAUCCAGUGCUUUCACUGGUUUGCAAACUUUAACAAAUGAAACAUUUUUAUCACUCGCUCACUCUCCUCUACUCAUACUCAACUUAACCAAAAAUAAAAUAUUGAAAAUAGAGCCUGGGGCUUUCAGUUGGUUGGGUGAAUUAAAGGUACUUGAUCUUGGCCUUAAUCAAAUUGAGCAAGAACUUACAGGCCAGGAAUGGAGAGGUCUAGGAAAUAUUUUUGAAAUCUACCUUUCCUAUAACAAAUACCUACAACUGACUAGUAAUUCCUUUGGAUUGGUUCCAAGCCUUGAACGCCUCAUGCUCCGAAGGGUGGCUCUUAAAAAUGUGAAUAGCUCUCCCUCACCUUUCCACCACCUUCAUAACUUGACCAUUCUGGAUCUCAGCAACAACAACCUGGCUAACAUAGAUGAGGAAAUGUUGGAGGGUCUAGGAAAGCUAGAAAUUCUGGAUUUGCAGCACAACAACUUAGCACGACUCUGGAAGAAUACAAACCCUGGUGGUCCUGUUCAUUUUCUAAAGGGUCUUUCUCAUCUCCACAUCCUUAAUUUAGAGUCCAACGGCUUUGAUGAAAUCCCACCUAAGGCAUUCAAGGGCUUAUUUGAACUAAAGAGCAUUCAUUUAGGGUUGAAUAAUCUAAACAUCCUUCCACCAUCUGUCUUUGAUGACCAGCUGUCUCUAAAGUCACUGAGCCUUCAGAAAAAUCUCAUCACAUCAGUUGAGAAGAGUGUUUUUGAGCCAGCUUUCAAGAACCUGAGCAAUUUGGAUCUGAGUUUUAAUCCAUUUGAUUGCACCUGUGAAAGUAUCGCCUGGUUUGUCAGUUGGAUGAAUAAGACUGACACAAACAUCUCUGAGCUCUCCAGUCACUACCUCUGCAACACUCCACCGCAAUAUCAUGGGUUCCCAGUGAUGCAGUUUGAUACAUCACCCUGCAAAGACAGUGCCCCAUUUAAACUUCUCUUCAUGAUCAACACAAGUGUGCUGUUGAUUUUUAUCUUAGUUGUACUGCUCAUCCAUUUUGAAGGUUGGAGGUUAUCUUUUUAUUGGAAUGUUUCUGUCCAUCGAGUUCUAGGCUUCAAAGAAGUAGACAACCAGCCAGAACAGUUUGAAUAUACAGCAUAUGUAAUUCAUUCCCAUAAAGACAGAGAUUGGGUCUGGGAACAUUUCUCCCCGAUGGAAGAAAAAGACCGAUCUCUCAAAUUCUGUCUGGAAGAAAGAGACUUUGCUGCAGGUGUCCUUGGACUUGAAGCGAUUGUUAAGAGCAUCAGACGGAGCAGAAAAAUCAUUUUUGUUAUAACACAACAUCUGUUAACAGAUCCAUUGUGCAAAAGAUUCAAGGUACACCAUGCAGUUCAGCAAGCCAUUGAGCAAAACCUGGAUUCCAUUAUAUUGAUUUUUCUUGAAGAAAUUCCAGAUUAUAAACUAAACCAUGCACUCUGUUUACGAAGAGGAAUGUUUAAGUCUCAUUGUAUCUUGGACUGGCCGGUUCAGAAAGAAAGGAUACAUGCUUUUUAUCAUAAAUUGCAAGUAGCACUUGGAUCCCGAAAUUUAGCACAUUAAAUUUCUUUAAAGGCUAAGUUAGCAAAGGAGUCGUUGUCCAACUUCAAAAGUAACUUAAGUUUUACUUUAAAGUAAUGUAAUGUGGUGGGUCAUAUUUAUGGAUGAAGGUAUCUCUCUUCUGUGGAAAUGUAUCUCCCUAGUUUAGGCUUCUUACUGACAGUGGACUUUCCCUCCUGUAAGAAAACUCUACUAGUGAAUGCACAAGGGGCCUCUGAUGCUUAUCAUGAUUUUGAGUUUCCUCAUUUAAAGAAAAGUUAGAGUUACAUUUUGUGAUCACCCCUUUGGGAUUCACUUACAAUAGAAAGAGAUAAUUGCUUUGAUGGGCAUAAGGUUAUUUCAAUUGUAAAAGGGAAAUGUGAUGCUAACUGUGACCAGAGGUAGUGUAGUGCAGUGGGAUACUGAGCCAAUGAAAAUUAGAAAACACUGAGACAUAGACAGAUGGAUAAAUUAUGUCUGGAAGAAAGACACUUUUCAGGUCUCAAGAGACCAGGGGUCCCAAGGUUCUCCCGCACUUGGACCUUGAGUCCCCAUAAGCAAGCUCAUUUUGAGUUUAUUCUGGUAUAUUUUGGGUUGAGUUGACACAAGGAAGGUUGCUAUAGGUACAUGUAAAAAGUAAAGCAUCUUUAUUAAUAUUACAAUCAGUUAAAACAGAGUUUAUGAGAGACACUGGUUCCCUUAUUUUGAGACAGGAGACUGCAGCCCAGGGAAAGUCCAGGCCAGUGUCUAUAUAUUAACCCCAGGUUAAGUUGUGAAGGUCCCUGGUAUAGCUGCCAGCCCAAGGAAAGGGGGAAGUGGCUGCACCCCUGUCUUUCCACUCUCUCCAGAGUUUUAACCCUUCCAUAGCCUGCUCCCAGCAUUCCAAGUGCUGGCAAGGUGACAUUCCAACCUCUCGAAACUUUUCCAGAUUUUACAGCUCAGCUUCAGAGUUCCCUGCAGAAAAGUAUUGAGAAAAAAAUUAAUUGCUGUCAUAUUUUCUAUUGAAAAAGCUUUUUAUUUUAGCGUCACCAUGUUGAUUUUGUUAAGUAAUGUUUAAUUUGUAUACUCCGGGGCAGAACAAUUCACAAUGCACUUCGAUUAUUUGAUGAAAUAGAAACUUGUACUAAAUA